GUGAGAUCAUGACCUGACCUGAAGUCAGACACUAACUGAUUGAGCCAGCCAGGCACCUCAAUAAGAUCUUCUUUCUCACCAGUACCUACAUUUUACUCAGUGAUCCUCAAAAUUUAGUGUGCCUAAGAACUACCUGGGAACGUUUCUUGGAAUGCUUAUUACAAGACACCACCCCCAAGAAAUUCAGAAUCAGUACCUCUGAGUAGAACCUAUUCACCUGCAUUUUAACUUGGAAAAACAUUGCUUUAGCCCAAAGGAAAGAAUCUCAGGUGGUGGCAUGUCAUUUCUGAUCUGGAGAUCAGCAGGAGAUUCUCAGGAGUGAAUAUUGUUCUGGUAAUCCUCAAAUAACAUCAGAGUAGUUGGAUAUUGUGUAGGUUUACUUGUGACUCUUAAGACUGUUUAUGCCCGGGAGAAUACAUUUAUUUAUACCUAGUAAUUAUAUGAGAUUAUAUGCGAGGAGUCUUAAGAGAUAUGCCAGACAUUGUGUAUUCUCCAUGCUUUCUCUCAGUUCUUUCUUAUGUUCUGUGACUUCGAGAGGGAAGUAAGGAACGUCAAGGACAAGUAAGAGAGGCAAGGGGGGCCUUUAGCAUAAUCUCCAAGAACUGCAGAUGCCCAGGCAUUGUGAUGGUGAAUAUGCUUAUUUCAUUGGCAAUGGAUGGUUAGCUGUCAAUGAACCAGAGCAGAAGACCAGAACGGAAACCAUGACACCCACCCCACCGGAAAUUUGGGUUUCCUCCAAAACCAUUUCCCUUCUGUAUGUAGAUGCAAUGAGCUGGAGAGAGGAUCUAAGUAGACUUCAGGAAGCUCCCUCCACACUCUAGAACCUGCGGUGACCAUUUCUGAGCUGGUUGUCUCUGCUUUUGGUCAUACCUACCUUCAGUCCCAUGGGAGGCUUUGAAGGUCAUUUGUACCUCGGACUGUCUCUCUUCUUCUAUGGACUUUAUCAUGCACGACUAGUCUCCAGGGCCUUGAUAUGCAACUACCCUGUCCAGUAUCUGCCAUGCCAUCCCUGGAGCAAAGGAAGAUGGGCAAGGCUGAGACAAAUACACUAUGUUGGGCUGGUGAAGAUAUUAAGUGCCUGCAUUUUAGUAGCUCAAGAGCUGCAUAACAUACAUGGACAGUUUGUACUCAUCAGCAAGAUAUAUCAUCAGAGAAACUUUUUGUACCGCAAACAGUGGCAGCAUCUCACUCUAUAUAUUACCUUCUUCCUGAGCGGGUGUGUAGAUGUGGUGAGCCAGAACGUGCUGCCCCAGAGGUGUGCUGCUCUGGAGCAAGGUGCCCAAGCCCUGGGCAUGUUUCUGUUUCUGCCUCUGAUGGUGUCUCACAUGCAGGACUCAGAAGGUGUGGAGCUGCAGUCUCACAUCCUGCUCACUCAGGCCAUAUUCCUGCUGGCGUUGGUGGUGAUCGCAGAGCUGUGGGCCCCUGAUGUGCUGCAACUCUGGGUGAUGAAGGCCUUUUUUUAUAUGAUGACAGGCUCUUGGCUGAUUCAGAUAGGCUUUAUGCUGUACAAACCAAUUUCUGGCUAUAAAUGGAUGGAUGAUGACAAAAACAACAUUAUAUUUGUCACCACCUUCUUCUGCUGGCAUGUGGCUUCCAUUGCCAUUUUGAUGAUCUGGGUCUAUGGCUUCUCUUUUUUGUGGUAUUGUUACAUUUGUUGAUGUUUGAACCUGGGUAAGCCAGGAAUGGUUUCUGUCACCUGCACAUUCUGGAAUACCUGGAAGAGAAGUUGUGGGAAGUGCAGGUGUCAGAGAAGAUGACUGAGGCAACAGACUCUGCUGGGAUGGGCAUACCCUUCACCCCUUCUGGCUUUUCUUAGUCUCAUUUGCUGAGCAGGGUGCAGAGGCAAGGCAAAUGAAACACAAGAGAUAUGUGACUAUGACCUUCAUUCUCAGCUUCCCAACUAUUUCCCCCACCUCCCUACUCUCUCCUCAACUCCAACCAAGGCAUUCUGCUUGCCUUGCUCCUCUCUGUAUUCUUCACAUCCCUCCCAGGAGAGCAUGAAAAUAAAUGUACUAUAUCCUGUCUUUGGGUCUUUAUAAAUAUCCUCACCCACCCCAUAGCAUACUGAGCCCUAGUUACAUUUAGUACAUCAUAAUAAUUUACCCAUGAUAAUAACCACCUCCUCACCCUUUCUCUCUUCAAUACCCAUACUAAAUCUAAACUGUUAUUUUCACUAUAAAUAACUCAGAACGAUUGUUUAAUUCUUUCCUUAGGUUAUGAUUUAUCAAAGAAAUCCUUUAUUUUCAGCUUUAAUGAGAUAUACUUAAUAUAAAAACAAUCACACAUAUUUAAUGUAUGCAUUUUGAGGAGUUUGGACAUAUGUGAUGCCAUGGUAACACCACCACAAUCCUUGAAGGCAAUUUCUUCUGCAGGGUCUAUCAGAACAGAGCAACACCUUGCACAGAGUGAGGUCUCAGAAGGACUCAUGUGCUUCCAGAAUUUAUCGAUCGGUCUCCCCAAGUAUAGAGUCUGUCAGAUUCUUCUCCCUGGGUAGAUCAGCAAUCAGCCCAUUGCUCUGUACACACCUCAAUCAAUUUCCAAGUAGCAGACUCACCUAGAGCCAAUCCUUUCUGGUUCUUACAUGUAGGAGAAUUCAAUGGCUUAUUUAUUCCAUGAAAUUUUCUUUUUGAUCCUCACAACUGUCUUAUCAUGUAGGUUCAUAGAUGAUAAUCUAAAACCUCAAAGGGUUAGAAACUGGCUCAAGGUAGCCAGACAUUUAGCUAUGUCACAUAAUGCUAUAUCUGAGUGUCAAGGGAGGCCGAAUUCUGAGUAGUAAAGUUAAAUUGUUGGCAACUUGCAAAAGAAUGUCUUUAUGCCACCCGUUAUGCUUCUUUCCCUGCCACCCCAGGAUACGAAGAAUAUGUCAAGCUUCCCUUACUCUUGGUCAUGGCUAUAAUAUCCAGGCUUAGGACAGAGUGAGGCUGAGGCAGGGGUUCUAGGGGGUCAUCAUCCUUCUAGUUUCCCUUUUUCUUCUGGUUCCUAGGAGAACUAGACAUACCCAUCUUUCUUUGGUUCUGGCCUUACUCUUGUUAAUUUUCUUGCUCAAGCGUUAAAGUGUAGCAGGGACGAAUUAUUGUCUGGUCAUGAAGGUUCUCUACUCUAUGGUUUGGGGGGCUUGUGAGCAUUCUGAGUUGCUGCAAAGGGGGAGGUGCUUCCCAGUGUCAUUUUGAUGGGGGUCAGCAAUGUCUCCGAAUGUGCCAUGGCAUGCAUGUGACCAGCAGGCAUCUCUCCAUGGAAGGCUUACACCUUGCGCCAGUGGGAUAUUUGAUCAGGUAACAAUGCUGCUCUCCAUUGGAAAUAAGCAAUGGUCCCUGGGGUGGAAUAAAAUAUUUAUCAGGCAUUAGUUUAGCUUCUGUGCCUCUCUUUGGUUUUGGUGACCAGUGGAGGUAUGCAGUUUUCUCUGUAGGUUCUGCCCUGUUCCUGGUUGUCACCUCUGGGUCCCAUCCCCUUGUUUCUCCCCCACAACUUGGGUAUUUUUCAGGCCUUGCCUAGCUUUGCAGUCCCUCCUUCCUAAAGCCUAGUUGAACCUCCUCUAGUGUCCUGAGAUUGGGAAGGUAGGGAAUCUGUUUUUCCUCUACACUCUUUCCUAGUGAUAUGGCAAAAUUCUGUUUUCUAAUUCAUUCAGGCCUCCUAUUUUUGUAUUAAGGGCAUAAUUUGGAUGUUUUUAACCUAAAAAUGGACUCUUCUUUUUUGCAAUUAUAACCCAACCUCAUCUUGAGGCAGUCUUUCAUUAAUUGGGGGUAAAGUUAUUGUAAAUAACUGUUUUUUACCAAAAAAGCCAAAAUAUUAAUAUUUUAGGAUAUUGUCUCUCUGCAAAGGUAAAAGUUGAAGAGAUAUCAAAGCCACAUGUCGACAGAUCUGUCCAUUUCUGAGUACUUUCUUUUGAAGUCCUGUUAGACACUGAUGAACUAAUCUCUGGUAGUAAAUUAAUGCCUCCAAAUAUUAUUAUGUCUCACAAUAUGUAUUUUUGAGGUAAAAUAAUAAAUAUUAACAGGGUCUCAAAAAGCCACAAAAGAUUAUUACUGAGGCCUAAUAUAAUGGUGGAAUGGACAGGCCUGGUUGGAUGAAAGGAUCUUUCUGUAUUCUUCACAUCACAGUAGGCAUGAGUACUCUGACAGUAAUCCUAAUCACUUUGGGAUGUAAGACCAACUGAAGAUAAAUUUAGAAAACAAACAAAAAACCAACCCAGAGCUGUAUAGUUAAAGGUGUGAUCUUCACCACCAUCCACCAGAGGGCAUCAUCUUUACAUGAGCCUGGAAAGGCAAAUGCUCUCCAUUCAGUAUUUAAGUAUAGAUUUAUAAGAAAUGAAGUGAUGAAGAGCAG